AAGGGAUAUGAGCAAGCAAGUUGUCAACAGCUCUGAAACAGUUGCUCCUGGACCAAAUGAAGGUGCGGGAGUCGUAAGAAUCAACCCCGAAAAUGAGCCGCAGAAUGUCCCAUCGCAAGCCCCGGCCCCGGUGCCCAGGCUUCCCCGAUCUCUCUCUAACGACAACAAAAUACUUCCCUCUGAAGAAGCCAAACCAAAUGAUUUUGAGAGGACCAAAGUCGGGAUCUGCAAGCUCAGCAGCACCCCGGUGCAAGCCAACUCCACACUCCGGAGGGAAUCUAUAGAGACCUUUCCGUACAAGCACGCCCCGGGGGUAGGAGCCGCCGGGCAAGCUGCGAUCCCUCAUUGCAAAAUUCCCGCUUUGCAAAGCACAGACGGGGACGCUAACCUAAACCUUAGUAAGAGCACACUGGAGCGAAACAAUGCCAAAGGCGCCUGGGUGACCUUGAGCCAGAGUACCGUGGUGUUGGGCACAGAUGGCAACACUUCUGUUCUUCCUGGCAGAGUCGAGGGGGAAGACGAUGUGGGGGAUGAAAAUAAAGCCCGAGGGAACUGGUCUAGCAAGCUGGAUUUCAUCCUGUCCAUGGUGGGUUAUGCAGUGGGGCUGGGCAAUGUCUGGAGGUUCCCGUACCUGGCCUUUAAGAAUGGGGGAGGUGCGUUCCUCAUCCCCUAUUUGAUGAUGUUGGCUCUAGCGGGGAUCCCCAUUUUCUUCCUGGAAGUCUCCCUGGGGCAGUUUGCUAGUCAGGGGCCCGUGUCUGUGUGGAAAGCCAUCCCCGCCUUGCAAGGCUGUGGCAUUGCAAUGCUGAUCAUCUCUGUUCUGAUAGCCAUAUAUUAUAAUAUUAUUCUGUGCUACACACUUUUCUACCUUUUUGCAUCCUUUGUACCUGUGCUACCUUGGGCUUCCUGUAAUAAUCCCUGGAACACGCCGGACUGUAAAGAUAAAAACAAACUUUUAUUAGAUUCUUGCAUUGUUGGUGACCAUCCGAAAAUACAAAUCAAGAACUCCACUUUCUGUAUGAGUGCCUACCCAAACUUGACUAUGGUUAACUUCACCAGUGAAGGAAACAAAACGUUCGUCAGCGGAAGCGAAGAAUACUUCAAGUACUUUGUGUUGAAGAUUUCAGCAGGGAUUGAAUAUCCUGGUGAGAUUAGAUGGCCCUUGGCACUGUCUCUUUUCUUAGCUUGGGCGAUUGUAUAUGCCUCCCUUGCUAAAGGAAUCAAGUCAUCAGGAAAAGUGGUGUACUUUACAGCAACGUUCCCCUAUGUAGUUCUCAUCAUCCUGCUCAUAAGAGGAGUAACCCUGCCAGGAGCUGGAGCUGGAAUCUGGUACUUCAUCACGCCAAAGUGGGAGAAGCUAAUUGAUGCUAUGGUUUGGAAAGAUGCUGCCACACAGAUUUUCUUCUCCUUAUCUGCAGCAUGGGGAGGCUUAAUUACUCUCUCUUCUUACAACAAAUUCCAUAAUAAUUGCUACAGGGACACAUUGAUAGUCACAUGCACCAACAGUGCCACAAGCAUAUUUGCAGGCUUUGUCAUCUUCUCAGUUAUUGGCUUCAUGGCGAAUGAGCUCAAAGUAAAUAUUGAAGCUGUGGCAGACCAAGGUCCUGGGAUUGCUUUUGUGGUUUACCCAGAAGCCUUAACUAGGCUCCCGCUCUCUCCAUUCUGGGCUAUAAUAUUCUUUUUGAUGCUGCUGACACUGGGAUUGGACACUAUGUUUGCCACUAUUGAGACUAUAGUGACCUCUGUUUCGGAUGAGUUUCCCAAAUACUUACGUACGCACAAGGCACUGUUCACUCUUGGGUGCUGCAUUUCCUUUUUCAUCAUGGGAUUUCCUAUGAUCACUCAGGGUGGAAUGUACAUGUUACAGCUUGUGGACACUUAUGCAGCUUCUUAUUCUCUCGUCAUCAUUGCCAUCUUUGAGCUUGUUGGAGUUUCCUAUAUAUAUGGAUUGCAAAGAUUUUGUGAAGAUAUAGAAAUGAUGAUUGGAUUCCAGCCAAGCAAAUUCUGGAGAGUCUGUUGGGCAUUUGUGACCCCCACUAUUUUAACAUUUAUUCUCUGCUUCAGCUUUUACCAAUGGGAACCGAUGACUUACGGAGCUUACCACUAUCCAGGCUGGUCCAUGGUACUCGGAUGGCUGAUGCUGGCCUGCUCAGUUAUUUGGAUCCCAAUUAUGUUUGUGAUAAAAAUGCAUCUAGCCCCUGGCAAAUUUAUUGAGCGACUCAAGCUGGUGUGCUCUCCACAGCCUGACUGGGGUCCGUUUUUGGCCAAGCACCGCGGUGAACGUUACAUGAACAUGGUUGAUCCACUGGGAACCUCCUCCCUGGGACUUAAGCUGCCAGUGAAGGAUAUAGAGCUGGGGACCCAAUGCUAAUAAUUAUUACAUCAGUGGCAAUAACAUUGUCAGCCUUUUUGGAUGCUUUUUUCCAUUCAUUCCCCAGCAUUUCUUCUUUUCUUUCUCACAGUGCCUGAAAGUGGUUGCUUAGAAAGUAGGACUUACCGUCGCAUGCCGUAGUGAAGAACUAGCUAGACCACUUUCGGGCGUAAGUGAUGCCCAUGACAUAUUCUGUUCCCUGUGAAAUAGCAAAAGCACGUUAUGCAAGACCUUACAUCCCAGUUUUUGUCAGGUGAUGUAAAAAUAAACAACAAAAAAGGAAUAAUCUUUUAAGGGACUCUAAAGGGAUGAGCAAAAUUUGACCAAUUCCACGCAGGCCUCCUUGUAACAUGUAGCCAUGGUGGGGCUAGGAUUAUGUUGCCGGUGUAACCAAAGGGAAGUUCAGCCCUUCAAAGGGAUGCAAGUGAGGAAAGAGGGGGGUCUCCAGGCCGGGCUGGGGUCUCCUGCAGCUCUGCCGUGAAUCCAGAGUGAGGCCAUCUGUGUCAGCGGAGGUGCUUUGUCUACGCUGACGACGGCAGAACUUGGCUCACAGGGUCUGCCCACCGCUUUUAUAAGCGUGGAUUAUACAGACCUUGAGGACUCGUUACCUAAACAAGGAGAGAGCCUUUAAGGCUUCCAGCAGUAAGCAGUACGUGGAAUCGGAACAGAAACACAAUGAUCCAUUUGAUCUUUUUGAGUAGAAAACUGCCAUCAAAUUUUAAAGCAAUCAUCUGAGAUUGGAAUUAAAGUGUCUCCGAGUCUGGAAAUGGUUUUGAAAUAGUGCCAGACUGGAUGGGCAUCACAGUUUUAAGUACUUUCAUAUGUUUCUGUUAAUAAUUUGACAUUUACCUUUUUAAUUAAAAAUGCCUCAGUUUUGCCAAGUGUCUAAAACUUUGCUCCACUGGCAAACUACUUAUACGAUAAGUGCAAGCAUAGUUUUAUUCACUUAAUUCCAAAACUCUGAACAUAGUUUUCCUUGUUUCUCUGCUUUUGUUUACAGUAUCUCCUCAAGAAGCCAUCGUAUAAUUUGUGCCUAAUUUUGUAUUCUUACAGUGGUAAGUGUAGUCUAGUUACCACCUGACAGCGAUUAUUAGGAGUUAGAUGUGCUGUUCAACUUUGUGACUCCCCAGUCAUUCUCCUAUAAACAUCUUUCUUAUAACCUUUAGAUGUAUUCUUCUCUUUCAACCAAUAGGGAAAUAGCAGAACCCCAGCUGUCUAUAUAUUAUAUAUAUAGCAUGUAAAUUACACAAAGCAAAACUCUCUUUGGAAUGUAUAUAGUUUAUUUUAUUUUUUGCAUUUAAAGCAUUUUCAUUAAAGAAAAGACUAAAAAAACCCCCAACAAUUAACCAUUGUAAUCAGCCACACGGAUGCAACGUUAGAUGCGCAAAAUGGGAAGGUGGGGGAAGAGGACAAUCUAGUAGAUGGCCGUUGCAUUGCAAUAGGACUUUCUAGAUCAUUACCAUUUAGAAAUCAGAUAUAUGUGGCAAUUUGAAUGUUAGACUUAAAUAGUUUUGCUACCUAUUGGGCAGAGUAAAAAUAGAGCUUUUAAGAAUACAUUUAUUUAACUGAAUAGAAAAUUAGCCCAAUUUAUUGUAAAUGCACUAGAAUGAGGGAGAAAAAUAUAUCAUCAAUAAUUGGCAAAAAUGUAACCUUUAUUAUCUUGUUAUAUCUUAUACAUACAUACAUAUAUGAUAUUUUUUAACAGUGAUCAGUGCUCAUGUAGUGUGUGCUAGUGAUGUUUUAUGUCCCUAUAAGUAUCUUAUCAAUCCGUGUAGAGAUGGUGAGCUUAUGGUAGUUUAGCCUGUUUUUCCCUCCCCGCACACACUGUAGUAGUAGCCAAUAAAUGUUCUUUCCUUUCAGGGGACUGUUUCUAUCCCGUUCUUUUGUCUGUCUGUCUGCAUAUUACAGGGUCUCAGGUAACUCUUCAGUCAGUGUGUGUCCGUAGAUCAGUAGAUGUGUUGUUUUCAUCCUGUCAAAGGAAACAAAAGACCUAAACCUUAAUGUGACACUUCCACAAAUUAUUAACUUCCUUUCCGUGUGUGCGCGUGUGUGUGUAUAUAUAUAUAUGUAUAUUAAAUAUAUUAAUCAUUUUGCUGAACUUCCUCUUCCACGGGGCACCUCGUGUCGCCAGCCACAGGCACUGCUGGAGAUGUUUAAUCCUCAGGCGGGACGAGCGAGGGGCCGUCCCUGGCCGAAGCGAGGACGGAUUUCGCGACAUUUGCGCUGGCCCCGACUCUCCGCUCCACGGGCUCCGCCGGCCCCAGCUCGCGCAGCAGCAGGACCCGGACCCUCCGCAAGCAUCACUGCCUUAGCGCUGCGCCGGCUUCUUUGGGCUUUGCCAGCUAUUUGCAUCGGGGGGUUGCUAGCCUCCCUUCUCCUGGGUUUCUGUUUUCCUGGCAGAGCAGGUUGGCGGCGCCACGCUCUGUUUGACGCAACGAAGUUGUACAAAGACGAGCUGGAGACUGACGCCCCCGCCUCAAUGAGGGUGAGGGGACCGCGUUGCCCGGGAAGGGGAUUGCGGGCGUUCUUUCCACCUGGAGAGGUGAAGGAAGGAACCUAGAUCAGGGAGCACCAUCUAGGGGGAACUGCAUAUUUUUGUCAGGAUGAAUAGCUUUGGGCAUCUGUUUACCAUUAUUAUCUAAAGUCUUGGUUUGAUUUUUUGGAGACCAGUCCAGUUUCGCUUAGUUACUAUUGUGAUUAAAAAAAAAAAAGCCCUAAAAUGUUUAUAGGCUUUGUUCUGUUCUUAAAAAACAAACAAACAAACAGGAAAAAAAAAACACGCUUUAUCACUUAAUGGUUCUAAAUCCUUUCCCCUCCUAAUUUGUUAUCUCAGGACAUGCGUUUGAACUGAGGUUAACUAAUUGCAGUAAAAUUGCCUUGGUGUAAGCAUGUCAGUUGUUGUCUAGUUUAAGUACAAAAGGGAUAUCAUUUGGAGGAAUACUGCUAGGUUAUGGUAUCUUUCCUUUGGCUUGGAUUACUAAAACAGAAUACAUUUGAAAAAUUUAAUUGCUUCCCAUGAUUUUUGUAAUUAAUCUGCUUGCAUUCCAUUUAGGUGUCGUGCCUGUGCCUGUGCAAGUCAUUAGCCCAGGAUUAGGCCUGACUUUGAAACUCUGAAAACAGAUGAUGAUUUUGAUUUUGUUUUAGUUGAUUUUAUCUUCAGCUUUAACAUCUAAAACUGUGCUUGCAAAAACAUUUGGAGUGGGAGAGAAAUGAGUACAAAAAUCACAGAAGAACUGAAUUUUUCACUGUAAAUUAAAAAAGGAAAAUUUUCAUAUUAGGCUUUAAAAAAAAUAUUUUACUGUCCAAAUCUGAAUGCUGAGAUUAAAUUAACCAGCAGUGUCUUCUUUAAAUGAGAAGUAAUCUUGCAGUUUGGGAAUGCACUAUAUUUACCAUAGUAUAGAAAAGUUUGCAUGUACUUUGAUAACUUUCUAAAAAUAAAUUUAGUAUCUAAUUAAAUACUAGUAAAGGUCUUUUAAAAAAGGAGGGGAAAAAGCCAUAUUAGUAAAAAUGUGACAUACAUACUUGCAGAUCUAUCUUGUGAGUAAAAAAUGUUCAAAUUUAGUGAGAAUUACUUCUGUUGCAUAUUUUUUUCUUUGAAAUGAAAUUGGAUUUUUGGAUGAGCUGAGAUGCACUAUUGUAUGCAUUAAAAAUCAUACUUAAUGCAAAUGCUUGCCAUCUUCAAAUUCUUUGGGAUCUUGCUAGUGUUUUUGAUAUACAGUGUUCAAAAUCUGUGUUUCAGCUAGCCGUGGCAGCACUUUGUUUCCAAAAGAAGGGUUUAACAAAAUGAUAUUUAAUUGAGAAAGAUUUGGAUUGUCUUCAUAUGAUGUUUCAAUUGAGUCAAAGUAUUCUUUGGAUUAGGUUCUGCUCCACUGACCACAUUAGACUUGCCCCAGUACUGAAGAUCACCGCUUCUGAUACACGCUGGCUAUCUCUUACCAUCAAAUUCCAAAUCUCAAUUUAUUUUAAAUACCUUUGGUUGUCUUUUUGAGUGUGUGUGUAGUUGUACGGAUAAUAUAACUUCUUUCUGUCUGUGAUAAAGCAAUCGCUUAUUUGCGGCAGACAUUGCUUUCCUGCUGGUUUCUUCUUCUGCAACUCCACUUCUUGCAAUCAAAGUUGCAGACAGACUCGUACGGGUUGGGGGUUGCAGGCUGUGCAGCUACAGCAAGUGCUGUCCCAGGAAGGGUCUCAGUUUUGCUAAUGCCAUGCUCAUAUCUGGCAUGAUUGAGAUGCUUCUUAGUUCGAAGUUAAAUGGUGUGCACGUAAGGUAUUUGUGAAACGGUCAGAGCUUGAUUUUUCCAGAGGGGCUCAGGCUGCUGGCUGGAAAGGGGAGGGCUGGGGCUUUUGCGGUUUCUGCCUUUGUCACCCUCAGGCAGGCUAUCGCCAAAGAGAGACGGUUUUCCUGAAGGGUUUACUGUCAACUGUGAGAACCAGGCUGGACCUUAUUGCUUGCAAUAUCAUUAUUUGCCCAUAACAUUUUAAGGACAUCUUCAGGUAACCAUUUGCCUUAUAGGGACCUUCCAUUGUUGGGAAAAUAUUGAUUGACGAAAAACGCGUUGUUAUCUGUCAUUUAUAUUAUGUAGGGUACCUUGUAAGGUAGAUGCUUAGCUGGUAUAAAUUGUCACAGCUUUGUCUGGAGCUGUGACAAUUUACACCAGCUGAGAAUUUGCGCCCUGUGUCCUAUGGCACUUUAUUACAGACCCAUUGCUGAUGGGUUAAAUCUUAAUUACUUGCGUAAUGUCAUAUAUAAAUAUAUAUAUAUAUUUACAGGCAUUCUAUGGGGUACUGCUGCCUAUGGAUAAAGAUUUGUACCCUAACAAGGUCAUUAUAAUUUUUCCAUUAGCUGUACGUAGAGAAGAUAUAUUAUGUUACAAAGGACGCAUCAUAUAUAUCUCAUGUAGUGCAUAUUAUAAUGCUGUACGUUAUUCAUUUAAGAAGUCAUUAUUCUUGAGGCCCUACCUCAGAUUUUGUAUUUAUGUGUACAAAUGCAAUUUAUUGUAUUAUAUAUUUGCCUAUUAUAUUUGGAUGUGAUAAAUUAAAAUUAUUCAAUAAUGUAUGGGCUCUAAAGACUCUAAAUAAAUGUCCGGUGUU